AUGGAUUCACUCACACUCUUGCUUGUUCCCAAAAAUCGUAAAGUUGAAUUUAAAAUCGAGGUUAUUAUACAAGAAUUAACUAAUGUUCCACUAGUUACAGGUCUUUACUAUGUAAAAUGGAGGUUGAAAAAUGGAGAAAAACCGAAUGGUAUGACUAGUCGAACAUACAUUAAGGAUCAUUCUGUUGUGUGGAACUAUAAACUAGAAAAAUUAGCACAAAUUGUCAUAGGGAAAGAUGGUGUUUUGAUGCCAUAUGAACUAAAACUUAAAAUUAAACAGGAAUUAAAUGGAGGUAAAGAAAUAAAUAAUAUUGGAAAGUUAUCAUUGAAUCUUUCUGAAUAUGUUGGAUUAAAUGCAAUGAUUCGUAGAUACUUGUUGCAGGAUAGUAAAAUAAAUUCUACUCUCAAACUAACGAUUAAUAUGAAACAAACGAUGGGAGAUACUGGCUAUAAAGUACCGCCUCUCAAAAAAACGCAUAUUUUUGGAGGUAUUGCGGGAAUAAUAUCAGAACAAAGAGAACAAAGUGAACGACAAGACGACGAGAGAUCAACUCGUGCUUUUAGAUCAAGCUUUAAUCCACAUUAUAUGAAGCGACCUCGUUCAAACUCCUCUCUUAGAUCGGCAUUUUAUGCACAAGCAACCCAUGUUACUCCCAUCACGUCAUCAUUAAUGGCAAAUUCUUUCCUUCGAAAAGUUGGAGAUAAAUCACCGACAGAUGUGGUGGAAGAGAUUUUCAUGGGAACGGCUGUGUUACAUGGCGAUGAGGAAGAAAACGAUGAUGUGUCAAAUAAUAAUCAACAAGAAAGGCCUGUCGCCAAUGCGUGGAAGAUUCCCAAGUCAACCGCUGGUAGAUCUGCUAGUCCUGCAUCAGCAUCGAAUAAAUCAAUUAAUGCCAAUGGUAGUGAAAAGAAUAGUCCUUCACCAGCAUCAAAUUCCCCGACUACAUCGGUUAAUUCAGUACAAUAUAAUUGGAAAGUUGUUGGAAGUCCGCCUACAAAUUUGAAUCGGUCUAUUCCACCUAGCCCAGAUGAAUUGCAGGGUUAUAUUGAAGACAAUCAAGAGACAAAAUUACGCAGAACUUCUAAUAGUAAUCCAACUACAUCACAGCGUCAUUUAAAUGGGGGAGCUGAUCUCGCCUCCAGAUUACUUUCAUCUAAUUCACCACCACCUAAAAUUCAAGGUGUUCCAAAUGGAAAUGGUGAAGGAAAUAGUGCGAACGGCGGUAAAUGGGGUGCUUUAGGAGGGUUACAAUGGAGUAGUGCCACAUCUAUUUGGAAUGAAAAGAAUCAGUCACAAGUUUCUAGUUCAGGGUCUAAAACCAUAACUCGAGCAUCUCCCACUCCUCCUCCCGUUUCAAAAAUCGAUGACAAUUCAUCAUAUGAACGAGAGAUGAGCUCACCUCCUGGUAUCUCUGGAAAACUACCUGUUCCCGUUCCUCCUCAUCCACAGUAUCGUCAACACAGAAGCCUUUCCUUUUCGGUUGGGCAACAUGAUACUGAUCUGUUUGGUUAUGCUCCAACUUCUGCGUCUCGCCGUGAUAGUGAAGGUGGCUUACGGUUUGCAUAUCGACAUUCACUUCCCGUUAUGGAAGAAGAAACUGAUGAUAUGUCGCAGUUCAAUAUGAAAUUCCGUGGAAGAUCAAAGUCUUCAGCUGCAGCAUUUAUAUCAGGUCAUGACAUUAAUGAUUACCGUCGUGAUUCUGAACAGUAUUCAGAAUCUGGGUCAAUUUGGAAUAAUCAAGGAUCACAAAGCGAUGGUCCAAUUCUUCAUCACAGACGUUCUGUACCAAGUACUUCUGAUUAUGGUAUGUGGGAUAGUUUGAAUGCUACAAGACAACCUACGCCAGCUUCUUCGUACCUGACAGUUAUGGGUUUACCGUCCGAUCGCGAGCGACUGGAGAAAAUGAGGCAACGCCGAUUUUCACUUUCACAAGUUCCCUCAUAUGGAAACGACUAUCAAACCGCGAUCGAUCCAGCAUUUGCACACCUUGUUCAAAGACGUCAUUCGGUUGCGGGACCAGCAAUUUCUUUUUCAACAAAUCAACCAACGAGAUAUAUAUCUGAAGCUUUGGAAUCUCUUCAUUUAACUAAUGUACCACAGGCAUCAUAUACCAAUGAUACAGGGUAUGCAAGCAUUCCGGAGGACAUUGACGACUAUUUUGAUAACGACGAACAUCGUGCCAGAGCAUGGAAUGAACUUGGAAAAGGUCUUCCGCUACAUGCCGUUCCAACACACGGACCACUCUUUCUUGUUGAAUUUAAAGCAGGUCGUACAGAUUUGUUUUAUGUAGCAGAAAAUAGUGGAGUUAUGGUUAAAAAAGGUGACCUUGUUAUAGUCGAGGCAGAUCGUGGCAAAGAUCUUGGAAAAGUCACCAACGAUUCGAUUAUGCCUCAUCAAGUUCAGAUGUUACAACAACAACAAGCUGAUGCUAUGAAUGAUGGACAUCGUAUGAAUAAAGAGAUUCACCCAAAACGUAUUUAUCGGUUGGCCCAGCCUGCGGAAGUCACAAUGUUAGUAACAAAGAGUCAAGAUGAAGCAAAAGCCAUGUUGGUUUGUCAAACAAAAGUUCGUCAAAAGAAAUUACCAAUGGAGGUUGUCGAUGCUGAAUAUCAGUGGGAUCGACGCAAACUUACGUUUUAUUUUAUUGCUGAGCGUCGUAUUGAUUUCCGUGAAUUGGUCCGAGACCUAUUCAAAAUUUACAAAACACGUAUUUGGAUGUGUGCUGUUAAUCCUAUGAUAAAUAAGCCUAAGAAAUAA